GACAUAGUCAUUGCCAUAUGGAGAGAGAGGACCGAGGGCUCUGAUGUGAACACAACAGAGUGAGCAGCACAUCUCCUCUCUCUCUGAACCCUAACGCCACAGCCGACGCCUCCAGGAUGGCCGGAUCCGGGGCGGCUCUGAGACUGCAUGAGUUCAAGGAGUACCAGGAAAGACGGGACUCUGGCUCAUUUAAAAGACAACCCGAAGCAACACUGAGAGUACCACGUCAGGGGAAGGAUGUGCGAGGUCUGUACCCUGGUCAGCUGGGUAGAAUCCACGUUGUUCACUCUCAGGAUCACAGAGUGAGGUUCGCAUCCUUGGAUUACUCGCCGGGGCCUUACCGUGAACACUAUGAAGACUACCCCAGGAGUUUUGACCACCAGACAUUCCACGCCCUGGACGUUCUACGCCAGAGCACCAGCGCCUCUCAAUGUGCCCCCGAGACGGCAUACCAAGAGGAGUUUGGCCUGCAGUCUCACCUCUACCCUCCGGAUAACACUAAGUUUACCCUGUACUCUCACCCUGGGCCUAUGCAGCGGUUGGAGACAGGGAGUGAAGAGGAACAUUUCACAACACCAUGGCAAUCAAACUGA